AUGGAGGAGCGGCUCAUGAUCCACCCCUACGAUCGAGUAGUAACAGUUAGAAAUCUCAUGUCCAAGAUUAAUCUUUAUAUGUAUUUGUACUUCUAUUUCUGUGUCGCCGUGCAACUUAGAGAAAUAGAAUCAUCAGCUAUAAGAUUCCUCUCAACAACAGCUCCAAGAUUCCCGUGCCGCAACUUUAAACCACACCGGCCUGGGCACUCUACGGCGGCGGCGGCGUGCGCCGCCGCAUUCCGCCCCAACCCGGCGGGGUCCGUCCGCCUGCUCCGGCGAGGUCUGCCCACCUACUCUAUCGACCUCCUCUUCAACCACCCGGACCUCCUCCCGCCGGCACCCCCCGCGGAAACGGCCUCCUCCGCCGCCUGCCUACAACGCCGAUGCGUUUCUCCGGGCGCGCGCAGAUGGGUGGGCCGGAGUGGCCCCAGCCACGGCCAACGGUCUCCGCGGACUCCCUCCCCUCCCCGCCCCGCGGCCAGGAACCCGCCGAGUUCGUCUUCGCCAUUCGGUCUAUUAUUCCCCUUCUUCCAGUUCCGUUCAAUUGGAUCCCUGCGGUCAUACUCAGGAGUUCAGGACGGGAUCCCGUUCAGGACAUCCAUGCAGGGACUUGAACUCAUGGACAUGGCAUCAUCCUUAUUACAAGAGAUAUCCCCGGCCGGCCGGCGGCUGUACGGUGACGCAAAGAAGCUCCCUGCCUCAGAAAACAAGCGAGGGUGUGUGUGUUAGACUUAUGGCACAACUGAAGUAUGUCUCUGCAUUUUGUUAUCCUAUGUCUUUCUUAUCUUAUUAUGUGUUUAUAGAGGCCAAAUGUAGGUUAGGGGCCUAUAAUACAUCGUGUCCUGAAAUAUAAUGGUGAAAAUAAAAGAAUUUAGCAA